AUGAUCACAUCAAAUAAUGAACCUCAAAAUAACAAACAUCAUAAUUAAACAAAUAAUGGCAAGGAUGAUAUGUUGGCUUAAAGUAGUGACAAUAAAUGGACUUUGGCUCAUAAUAUAAUUGGAUUAUAAGGAAAAGAGUCUGAAAAUGCUGAGGAAUUACUAAAUAACUUGACUCUCUUUAUUGAAUCUCAAUAACCCUAUGCAUUAGCUAAAAUCUAUGGAAUGUCUAUGCUAAUAAUAUCUGGCUAAAAAGCUUAUUGA